AUGGCAGCUGGAACCUCACUACCUUUUUUUACUUCACUGAAUAGCCCUCUCCAGACACGAUCUGACGUCGUGCAAGCGUGCAAAUCACUAUUGAGCCCUCUGCUGCCUUUCUUUUCGCCCGGCAAGACGAGGCUGCGACUUGGAGCUACGGCAACCCGUUACGAUGAAGCAGGCGCGCAGCUCGAAGGGUUUACACGACCAAUGUGGGGUCUUGGAGCCUUGCUCGCUGGUGGUGAGUCGUUUGAAGGGUCCGACUUCUGGCUGGAAGGGAUAAGGAAUGGCACAAAUCCUGAUCAUCCAGAGUUCUGGGGUUGGUCGAAGGAUUUGGAUCAAAGAAUGGUCGAAAUGUGUCCUCUCGGGUUUGCUCUCUGCGUUGCCCCAGAACACUUCUGGAAGCCGCUCAAUGACAGGGAGCGCGAGAACGUUCGACAGUGGCUAGAUAUCAACAAGAAAGAGAUGCCAAACACAAAUUGGCUGUGGUUUCGUGUCUUUGCCAACCUGGCAUUGAUGAAGAAUGGAGCAGAGUAUGACGCUCAACGCCUCGAAGCUGACCUCGACCACCUCGACACCUUUCACCUUUCUGGCGGCUGGAGCAACGACGGCCCGCCUGACACUCUGCAGAUGGACUACUACUCGGGCUCGUUUGCAAUCCAGUAUCUCCAAUUGCUGUACGCAAAACUAAAUGGUGAUCGGGAUCCCAAAAGAGCAGAGGUCUAUAGGGAUCGGGCGAGGAUGUACGCGAAGGAUUUCCUGCACUACUUUGACGAGCAAGGCCGAGCAAUGACCUUUGGUCGAUCGCUCACCUAUCGCUUUGCAAUGGCCGGCUUUUGGGCCGCAGUGGCUUUUGCAGACCUAGACCUCGAGCCACCUCUAAGCUGGGGAGUGGUCAAAGGCAUUCUCCUGCGGAAUCUACGGUACUGGGCCCAGCAAAAAGACAUCCUCAAUGGAGCCGGGAUAUUGACCAUCGGCUACGGGUAUCCCAACCAAUUCAUAUCCGAGAACUAUAACUCGCCCGGCUCGACCUACUGGUUCAUGCUCUCGUUUGCAGCGUUGGCCUUACCAGAGUCUCAUGAAUUUUGGCGGUGUCAAGAGGAACCAUAUCCCUCCAGUUCAAUACCGCCGGUCCUGGCACUGAAGCACCCCAAACACAUCAUGGUGGCAAAAGGAGGGCAUACUUUUCUCGUGUCUUCGGGACAGAUGUGCCACUACCCAAUGAGAGCUGCGGAAAGCAAAUAUGGCAAGUUUGCAUACAGUACGGCAUUUGGGUAUUCUGUGCCCACCGGCGGCUACUUUGUGGAAGCUAUAGGGGGCGAUAACGUCCUUGCGGUCUCCGAUGAUCACGGUGAGACUUGGAAGGUGCGGAGGAAGCCACUCAAUGCAAGGCUGGAGACCAUCGACGACACCCCGCUGUUGAUUUCUGAUUGGAAACCGUGGGCAGAUACUAAUGUCGAGACUUAUUUGCUUCCUCCUACCGACGCCGCACCAAAUUGGCAUCUCCGAGUACACCAUAUCACGACAGGCAGCAGGGCUUUGAAGACAAGCGAAGGCGCCUUUGCCCUGAACGGCGUCUCGCAGAAAGACGAGCGCGAGUUACAGCAGAUGGACGCAGACAAAUAUGAAGGAAGACAGGCUGAUAACGGCGAGGCGGUGGUUGCGACGCGGGGGGGAGUCGUUGGUAUUGUUGAGCUGCACCAACGCGAAGGUCGUGCAGGCUGCGUACUGGACGAAGAUGCGAACAGUAACCUGAUGGAAAGCCGCUCAGUCCUGCCCAGCCUGGCGAUGGAUAUACCGGCCAACGCGGAUGUUUGGGUAGCAGCUGGAGUGUUUGCUAUGCCCUCAAGUGUUGCCGACUAUCGAAAAAAAUGGCAACAGAGUUGGGUGCGGCGACCACAAAUCCCAGACUGGCUGAGAAAGAGGAUGGUCUAG